GUUCUUUCUUCUCAGGUACAUCCAGCCAUGAUUGAGGACAAGGGUCACCGCGUGACCGACUACUUUGUGGUGGCCGGGCUGACCGACAAGUCCACGCCCCUGGAGCAGGACCUGUCGGAGACUAAAUCCACCGGGCCCAAAGCGCCCAUCACUGAGUUGGCCGUCAUUAACAAGUCAGCAGGGGAAACGGUGCCUGAAGGCUUCACUUGUAUCGAGAGCACCUACAGCGGCCAGCCAGCCAACCUUAAUCAUGGCAGUCUCAAGAGCCCUGAGCUCUUCCUCUGCUACAAGAGAGGACGGGGUAAACCUCCGCUGAUUGACAUCGGGGUGCUCUAUGAAGGUAAGGAGCGUCUCAUCCAGGGGUGUGAGGUCAUCCAGGCAACACCAUAUGGACGCUGCGCGAAUGUCAACAACAGCUCUGCAACCUCGCAGCGCAUCUUCAUCACCUUCCGCCGAGCACCACCCGUCCAGCCGCAGAAUUCGCUGGCCGUGACGGACAUUUGCUUAAACGUUACCAUGUGUCUUGCUUUGAACGACCACAUUGUUUCAUCAUGUGAUUUUUAUUUAUUUGUUUGUGUGUUAUUCUGUGCUCCAGGUCUAAUCUUUCGUUACCCAGAAGAGGACUAUGAGUCUUUCCCUCUGUCAGAGUCUGUACCUCUGUUCUGUUUGCCCAUGGGUGCCAACAUCGAGUGCUGGGCACCGAACACUCGUGACCCUCUGCCUGUCUUUUCUACAUUUGUCUUAACCAUCUCCACUGGUGAAAAGGUGUAUGGAUCAGCCAUCCAGUUUUACGAGCCAUAUCCAGCAGAUCUGUUGAGUGAGAAGCAGAAGAUCCAGCUGGGCCUUCUCACCACGGUGGAGAAGAAGAUGAUCCCCAACCGGCCUGUGAACACCAAUAAAUGCAUCUGUCUGCUCUCCCGCUGGCCCUUCUUUGAGUCCUUCCGCAAGUUCCUGAUGUUCAUCUACAAGUUCUCCGUCUCAGGCCCGCACCCACUGCCUAUUGAAAAGCACAUCUCGCACUUCAUGCACAAUGUCUCAUUUCCUUCCCCUCAAAGACCCAGAAUCUUGGUCCAGCUCUCGGUACACGACACUUUGAUCCUCUCCCAGCCCGUGUGUACACCCUUACCGCUCAGCGGGGCAGACUAUGGCACUCUGCUGAUGAAUCUGGGCUCGGAGAACUGCGCCACACUGCUGCACUUUGUCCUGCUGGAGAGCAAGAUCCUGCUGCACUCGCUCCGACCCGCUGUGCUCACCGGAGUGGCCGAGGCUGUGGUGGCUAUGAUUUUCCCCUUCCAGUGGCAGUGUCCCUACAUCCCCCUGUGCCCGCUGUCUCUCGCAGGCGUCCUCAACGCGCCGUGUCCAUUUAUAGUGGGCGUGGACUCCCGCUACUUUGACCUUUAUGACCCCCCACCAGAUGUUGUUUGUGUGGAUCUGGACACGAACACUAUCUACCUGUCAGAUGAGAAGAAACACAGCAACUGGAAGAACCUCCCAAAGAAGCCCUGCAAGAGUCUCAUUAACUCACUAAGCAACUUGCACCACCAGCUGGCCACUGUUUCGCUACGCCCAGUGAUGCCGGAUGGCUCAGCUGUCGACAUGACUCCCAUGGACGCGGACUUCACCUGGCACAAGAAAAGGACGGCCCUGGAGAUGGAAAUCCAAGAGGCCUUCCUUCGUUUCAUGGCCUCCAUCCUGAAGGGCUACCGCUCCUACCUCAAACCCAUCACCCAGGCGCCCUCUGAAAAAACCACGGCUGCAGACUCCCUCUAUGACCUACAAGGGUUCCUCAAAAGCAGAGACCGUGCCCACCAGAAGUUCUACUCCCAGCUCACCAAGACCCAGAUAUUCAUCCGCUUCAUCGAGGAGUGCACCUUCGUCAGCGACAAGGACACAGGCCUGGCCUUUUUUGACGAUUGCGUCGAAAAGCUUUUUCCCUCUGAUAAAAUCACCGACAAGGGCACCAAGGUUGAAGGAGAGUCAUCCGAGGACACAAGACUGCUGGAGCUGGAUGAGUCUCAAAAGAGUGAGCACACAGUCUUUGUAAUGCCUCCUGAGCCUCCAGUAGAUGAUGGACCGGAUCCUGCUCCUCAGUACACGUAUAAAGGGUUUCCCAAACUGCAGUUAAAUCUAUUUGACCGUCCAAGAGAAUUACGUCCUGCACUCAGCACCAGAGCAGCAGGGGCCAGUCUGUCCAGCAGCCCUGCACUACUAGCAAAGAGGACAAAGCAAGAGGUCAAGCUCGCAUACAAGAUGGCAAAGCGUUUCUACUCCAACCCGCCUCUGUGGGCCCGCUGUCUGUUCAGUCACUGCUACAGUCUGUGGUUCAUCUGCCUGCCAGCAGCUGUACGGAUGGCCAAGUCAAAGACCCGGGCAAUGCAGCAGGCGUACAACAUCCUGUUAAAGAUGAGAACCACUGAGGUGGAGAUACUGGAUGAGGUGUGUUACAGAGUGGUGAUGCAGCUCUGCGGCGUGUGGGGUCUGCCUGUGAUGGCUGUGCGAGUCCUGGUUGAGAUGAAGAAAGCUGGAGUCCAUCCCAACGCCAUCACAUAUGGAUACUACAAUAAGGCUGUCUUAGAGAGCCCGUGGCCAAGCCGGAACCAGAGCGGCCUGAUCAUGUGGACCAAGUUGCGCAACGUCCUUCGUGGAGUCACGCAGUUUAAAUACGGUUUAAACCGCACAUCUUCUGAGAAGGGAUCAACACUGACUACCACAGGAGGGGACAUAGCUGGCUCAGUGGACAGUGCAGUAGCAGUGGGAGAGCCCCACAGUCCUGUCGAUGGGUCGCCGCAUGUCCACAGUAUUGUUAGGCUGUCCACGGGAAGCUUUGACGGAGAAACAGGUAAAGGGAAGCUGUUCAGGAGACACAGCAAGAACGAUAACGUGUCACUUACCGAUGACGAUCCCUCGCUGCCGUCCCCGGCCGUAGCUCACCAGUCUCAGCAUCAGCGGCAGAAAUCCUUCUCUGAACGCAGCUGCAGCUUCAGCGCUGAAACUCGUGCUGGAAUGCUUUCUGAGGCAGGCAUGGACCACAUGGCCAGCCGAAUGGGCGCUGAUGCUCGUAUCCUAGCUGGAGUCCUCUCAGGAGGUCAAAGCCCACCCCCUAACAUUAUGCCCAAACCACUUUUUAAAGACUUGGAGGAAGAGCCUGAGGAAAAUCAGGGGUUGAGACUUAAAAAGCUUCCAGAAGAAGAGGACCCAGAAACCGCUGAAGAAAGAAAGACAGACGACAAAGAGGUGAAGGGUACCGUAGUAAAUAGGGAGAAACAAGUAAGAAAAAACACUGAAACUAAUGAGGAUGAUUCUGGAGUGCGAGGACCCAUUUUGGAGAGGGCCGACGUGGAAGUGGGAGCUGACCCACUGUCACGUCUGGUGUCAGAGAGCGAAGAGUCGGCCUCUGUCAACAGUCAGGAACCGCCACGCUCCGUGCCUGCUGUGGUGUCCCGUAACCUGGCUGAGGAGAUCGAGCUGUACAUGAGCUUGAAAACCCCGCUGGGUACCAAAUCCUCCAGCAUGGAGCUCCAGCAGCCGCAGGUAGACUCCACGGAUGCACCUCAGCCCAAACAGACUCUGGAGCGGAGGUCCAGCCUCCCGGUGCCUCCUGUGAAAACCCCAACUGGCUCACCGAGCAACACCCCCAAACGCAGCCCCAGCACUGUAACCCGCUCCAAGACUUUUGCAGUAAAGACAAAGACGCCUGCGAGCUCUACAGCGAGCCCGGGCCAGCGAUCGUCCUCACUGACCGCACUGGUCAAGUCCUCUCAGGGGGGGUCGCUGGGCUCGGUCUUUAACACCAUUUCAGGUAUCAAGAUGGACACGUUCUUAACAGGACCUAAAAUCGAUGUGCUCAAGUCAAGCAUGAAGCAGGCAGCAAACGUGGCCAGCAAAGUGUGGGGGGCAGUGGCAUCCGCUUACGCCGAUUCAGAUGAUGAGGAUGAAGCUCAGGCUGGUGGCGGCGGCUUCCCAGCUCGUCUGGAUGAAAAUAUGCUGGCUGCACAUGAGUUGGAUGACAGUCCUGAGAGAAAAGGCAUCCCAGGUUUGGUGGCGAAUGGUCUGAACCAGACUCUGGAGCGGAGGUCCAGCCUCCCGGUGCCUCCUGUGAAAACCCCAACUGGCUCACCGAGCAACACCCCCAAACGCAGCCCCAGCACUGUAACCCGCUCCAAGACUUUUGCAGUAAAGACAAAGACGCCUGCGAGCUCUACAGCGAGCCCGGGCCAGCGAUCGUCCUCACUGACCGCACUGGUCAAGUCCUCUCAGGGGGGGUCGCUGGGCUCGGUCUUUAACACCAUUUCAGGUAUCAAGAUGGACACGUUCUUAACAGGACCUAAAAUCGAUGUGCUCAAGUCAAGCAUGAAGCAGGCAGCAAACGUGGCCAGCAAAGUGUGGGGGGCAGUGGCAUCCGCUUACGCCGAUUCAGAUGAUGAGGAUGAAGCUCAGGCUGGUGGCGGCGGCUUCCCAGCUCGUCUGGAUGAAAAUAUGCUGGCUGCACAUGAGUUGGAUGACAGUCCUGAGAGAAAAGGCAUCCCAGGUUUGGUGGCGAAUGGUCUGAACCAGAGCUGCACCAGCCUGGGCGGCAGCAGCAGCGGCAGCAGUGACACGGGCCGAGGGACCACACAGACACAUCUGAUUCCAGGGCGCCCGGGCAGAGGUCCUGACUCUGAGCAAAGCUCCUCGCAUCACGCCUCCUCCUCGAGUAUUUUCCAGAACUGUGCACUGGAGGUGCUGAUGUCCAGUUGCUCCCAAUGUCGCUCCUGUGAAGCGCUGGUGUACGACGAGGAGAUCAUGGCAGGCUGGACAGCUGAUGAUUCCAACCUCAAUACCAACUGUCCUUUCUGUCAGACGGUCUUUCUUCCCUUAUUGCACAUCGAGUUUCACGACCUGCGCACGAUGACCGGGUUUUAUGUGAAUCCCAGUGCCUCAGGGGACAGCAUCCACAGCACAAGCACUCACCCCACAGCUAGCAGCGCGGCUGACAUUAAGACACCAGACCUUAUCACUUUCGCUGAAGAUGAGCCGAGGGAGACCGCUGAAAAUACUCCAGGAGCACAGAAGAGACUUGAAGCUGCAAUGGAUGGACAUGGUGAAGGUGCCAUCCGCUGUUUGUCCUGCCUGUGGCUGCCUCUGACGUCACUGCCACAGGACAGUAAGCAGGUGUACGUACAGCUCCUGUGGGACAACAUCAACCUGCACCAAGAACCCGGAGAACCACUUUACCUGCUCUGGAGGACCUUUUCUGUGCCGUACCUCAGCCCCUUGGUACUGCGCAAGGAGCUGGAAACGUUGCUGGAGAAUGAGGGAGAUCAGGUGAUCUACACCCACAAGUUCCUCAGCCAGCACCCAAUCAUUUUCUGGAACCUGGUGUGGUAUUUCCGCCGCCUGGACCUGCCCUCUCACCUGCCCGGUCUCAUCCUCACUUCUGAACACUGCAACAACGGAGUGCAGCUGCCUCUGACGUCACUGCCACAGGACAGUAAGCAGGUGUACGUACAGCUCCUGUGGGACAACAUCAACCUGCACCAAGAACCCGGAGAACCACUUUACCUGCUCUGGAGGACCUUUUUGGAGAAGAGGGGAACUCUGGGGCCAACAGACCACCAGGAGAGCCGCACUCUCCUCAACACCAUUGUUCGCAACAUCCAGACCAACGACGUCUACGGGCCGAUCAACCUGCUGAUCCGAGAGAUCAAACGGCGUCCAGAAGGGCUCAAACGACAGAGGAGCGUCUAUAGAGAAAUACUGUUUCUGUCACUGGUGGCUUUGGGACGGGAGAACAUCGACGUAGAGGCCUUCGACAGAGAGUACCACAACGCAUACAACCAGCUGAGUGCGGAGCAGCGCAAGUCUUUGCACUGCAUCGAUCGUCCGCCUACUCCCAGCGUCCAGUGGUGCCUUAAAUGUUUUGGAGCACCUUUCAUCUGAACUGAUCCUCUCAGCAGCAGAGACACAAACUCUUACUGUUCCUGCUUCAACUUUGGGGAACAGGGAGACUUUCGGACAUCUCCAGCUCGACGAACAUGGUACUGCUUCUUCCGUUUGCCUUGGAAGAUGACGUUGGCCAUUUCACGUUUCUUUGCUUUGCUUUAAAGAGGUUUUCCAAGCAGCUGCCUAAAAGUGGAACUGUUGUUGUAAACUUCCUGGAAAGCUGUAAUGAAUCUCUUCAGACUAGUUGAGUUGCUUUUCCUUACAGAAGCUGUAUAAAGCGAUUGAUCACUGUACAGAAUAUCUGUGUGUGUGCAUGUCAGCAGCUUUGCUCGUAGCCUUUUGCCUCCUUAAGUCUGUCGUAGCUAUACUCGUAUCAGCUCGGUGUGAGACCGUGUACAGACUCUGACUCUAACUUUGUGCACUUUCUGAAGAAGAGUAAGUAAAUCAAGUUCACAUGACUUUUUGUACAGUUUAAGGAAAUCUCAGUCGAGGUUGCAUUUUUGUCAACAGCCCUGGUUGUUGUGAUCAGAGUC